AUGCGAUCACCCCUCUUGUCCCUUGUCGCCUUAAGUGCUACCGUGUCGGCUCAACUCGUGGUGCCCCUCCUUCGAAGUCCUUUCGCGUUAGAACGAGCUCAAGCGCCCCUCAUGAACCCCGCUGGCCCCGGGCCGGCGCUUCCUCCGGAGCCUUCUCCUGGCACGCCUGCUGGAAAUGGAGGUGGCGUGGUGCUGUCCGAUGUCAUGGGCCGCGAUAGGAGCAUGAACCUCUUUGCUAGUUUCGUGAGAGACAUCGAGUCCGCCUCCCGUCUCCUCGAAGACUCGUCGGAGAACACGACAGUGCUCGCCCCGCUCAACUCGGAAGUCGAGAAGCUACCUAGGAAACCAUGGGAAGAUCCAAAAGAUUAUGGAGCGCUUGGGCCCGAUGCAUAUGAGGGCGGGGAAGGCCGAGAAAGAGCUCAAAGAAAUCUGCGCCGGUUCGUGGAGGCGCACCUCGUGCCUGUUAGCCCGUGGCGAGAGGGCGACAAGGUCAAGCCAGUCGGUGGCGGGCGCGAGAUCUGGUGGGAGGAAAAGGAAGGAAGGCGCCUGAUUCAACCUGACGGGAUAGAAAUCAUUAACGUCGCAGGCGACGUGAGGAACGGUCAGGUGGUAGGCUUCGAGCUGCACGACGGUAUGAAUAGCCAACCGCUGCACGCCGGCAGCGGCUUCGACCGCGACCGCGACCUCGACGAACAGCGCCAUCGUCCCCACCAUCAAGACGAGCUUGCGAGACGUGAGAGAGAGCGCGAACGCGACCGGGACCGUGAUCGUGAGAGGGACGAAGCUGAUCGCCAUCAUCGCGAGCCGUACCCGCCCGCUGGCUCUGCCUCCGCCGGCCCCCACCAUAGCACAGCUGGCUCCCUUCCGAUCCAUCAGCCUGUCGCAUCCAGGAUCUCGAACUCAAUCACUGGUCCUGGUGGUCUUCUCGCAAACCACGGAAGCUCCGCCCCUUCCCUCCCCAUCAGCGGCCCCUCCGCGCCCGCGCCCGCGCCCGGCUUCGGCGGACCAUUACACAGUGAAGCUGGCCGGCCUCCGCAACAAAGUGGCGGGCCGACACACGGGGGAAGCGCCCAGCACCAGAUGUUUGCGCCCAUGAGCCACGGGCCGAGCGGCCCCAGCGGUCCCGGAAGCUCAAUCGGCGGACCGGGCGGGCCCGGUUCCAUGUAUGGAGGCCCUCUUCAACAGGAAAACGGUCGGGGGAUGCCGCAGGACGGCGCUAGAGCCAUGCAGCAGUUGCCGUUCGGCUCCGGCAUGGGUCACGGGAAUUCCAUGCCUCCCGGACCCGGAGGGAUGCCUCAAGGGCAGCAGCCGAUACUCAACGAUGCGCUUAGUUACCUUGAUCAGGUGAAGGUUCAGUUCCACGAGCAACCGGACGUUUACAACAGAUUCCUGGAUAUAAUGAAGGACUUCAAGAGCCAAACCAUUGAUACACCAGGAGUCAUCAGUAGAGUUUCCGAACUCUUUGCCGGGCAUCCGAACCUGAUCCAGGGUUUCAACACCUUCUUGCCCCCCGGAUAUCGCAUCGAAUGCGGUCUGGAGAAUAACCCAAACAGUAUCCGCGUCACCACCCCCUCGGGCUCGACCAUCCACUCCAUCGGCGCAGGGCGCGCCUCGCAGCACGACACAGCACAACCAGGAGGCGGAGCAUCGCAGGGGUAUAUGAACACGAGACCGGGCUGGCAAGCGCCGCUGCCGCAUGGCACGGAAAGCCCUGAGGCGACAUUCAGCGUGCCAGCGCAGAAUGGCCCGUCGGGCUAUCCUGGUCCUAGCCACGGUGCUCCGUUUGACGGUACCAGCCCGAUUCAGCAGAGGUCGGCGCCUGCCAACCAGAAUGGCGCUCCCGUGAACCAUCCCCCUGCUCCCCGGACUGCCCACACGCCUACACCCGCGGCUGCCGGUUCGGCCGGCACAAACGGCGGUCCAGCUCAGCAAGCCAAUCUGGAGAAACGCGGCCCCGUUGAGUUCAACCACGCCAUCAGCUACGUCAACAAGAUCAAGAAUCGCUUCCAGGACAAACCCGAGAUUUACAAGCAGUUCCUGGAAAUUCUCCAGACAUACCAGCGCGAGCAAAAGCCGAUCCAGGACGUCUAUUCUCAGGUGACGAGCCUCUUCCACACGGCGCCCGAUCUACUCGAAGAUUUCAAGCAAUUUCUUCCCGAGUCUGCCGCACAAACCCGAACGACCAGCCAGCGCGCCGAGGAUAAUAACAUGGCCAUGGCGGCGUCUGCGCCAACGCCGCAGCCAGGACAUGUUACUCGUGACGGCCCCAAGAUGCCCCCGGUUGGCAAUUUUGCGCCCCCGACAAGCGCAAGCAAAGAAAGCAAAAAGCGUCGGCCUGAAAAGGCAACUACCGCUGGCCCUUCCAGCUCCGAGCAGGCGCAAACGUCUAGCCUGCGAGCGACGCUCCCUGCCGUGCCUCCAACCAACAAGCGGGCUAAGCUAGCCCACAAGCCCAAUGUUUCCGAGUCCACCUUCAUCGAGCCCACGUUGACCCCGGUCAUGCCCGAGCCCCUGGCGCCCACGCCGCUAGCAGUGUCGACUCAGGAUGAUCUCGCCUUCUUCGAGAAGGUGAAGAAGCACAUCGGCAACCGGACGGCGACGACGGAGUUUUUGAAGCUCCUGAACCUCUGGACCCAGGAAUUGAUCACCACGGAUGUCUUGCUUUACAAGGCCAACCAGUUCAUGGGUGGUAACCCUGAACUUCUCAACUCGCUGAAAGCCAUGCUUCGGCAAGACACCACCGACGAGACGAUCGAGAACCGGCCAGAACCCCCCACGGGCCGGGUAUCGUUGAGCAACUGCCGCGGUUUUGGACCCAGCUACCGACUGUUGCCGAAGCGAGAGCGUCUCAAGCCUUGUUCCGGGCGCGACGAACUUUGCCAGUCGGUGCUCAACGACGAAUGGGCGUCGCAUCCGACCUGGGCUUCGGAGGAUUCAGGCUUCGUAGCCCACCGCAAGAACGCUUAUGAGGAGAGCUUGCACCGCAUCGAGGAAGAACGGCACGAUUACGACUUCUACAUUGAGGCGAACCAGAAGUGCAUCCAGCUCCUGGAGCCGAUCGCGCAGCAGAUGCUUUCGCUGCCCCCCUCCGAACGUCCCAAUUUCAAGAUGCCGGCCGGGCUUGGCGGACAGAGCACGUCCAUCUACAAGAGGGUUCUCAAAAAGAUUUACGGCCCCGAGAAGGGCUGCGAGGUGGCCAACGACAUGUUUAAGUACCCGUUCACCGUCGUCCCCAUCGUCAUGGCUCGGCUGAAGCAGAAGGAUGAGGAGUGGCGAUUCACCCAGCGAGAGUGGGAGAAGGUUUGGCAGAGCCAGACUGAGGCAAUGCACCUGAAGAGUCUGGACCACAUGGGCAUCCAGGUCAAGACCAACGACAAGCGCAACCUCUCGGCGAAGCAUCUCGUGGAUCUGAUCAAGACCAAGCACGAGGAACAGCGUCGUAUCCGGGUUGCCAAGGGCAAGACGCCUCGAUACCAGUUCGCCUACCAGUUCACGGAUGAGGACCUCAUCCUGGAUCUGCUUCGCUUUAUGGUCAUCUUCGCCAACGUUGGCGGUCAGCAUAAUGCGCAGGAACGGAGGCGCAUUCUGGAGUUUUUCGAGACGUUCAUUCCCAUCUUCUUCGACCUUCCCGAGGACAAAGUUUCGGAAAAGCUCGCCGACAUUGACCAGGAUUCGGCAGAGGAGGACGACGAGGACGCAGCCCCGAUGGAGCUCUCGAACGGCCGCAGCCGCCGCAACGGCAAGAAAUCGGACCUUCUGCGUGGAGUGCUUGAUCCUAGCCGUAACGGCAGCCGGAGUCGUGGACAGAAGGAGAGCAGCGCCGCUUCGGGCAGCAAGGAGACCACUCCCGACGUGGGGUCGGCGAACGAGGAGGAGACGCCGCACACUCCAGAGGACUCAUCCGUUCCAGAGGUGUCGAACGGUCGCUGGCUGCCCACGGUACCCGGACCGAUCAUCGUCGAGAAGAGCAAGGGCGGCAGAGGAUCCGAUUUGGUGGGCGUCGACGGCGAGCUCAAGGCGGAUGCGCCGUUCCCGCGCGCCUGGUACAACUUCUACUGCAACCAAAACAUCUACGUCUUCUUCACCGUCUUCCAGACGCUCUUCCAGCGGCUCGAGGAGGUCAAGCAGAGCACGGAUAGCGUUCUCGAGGAGAUGCGGCGUGAGAACGCCGAGAAACCGGCCAAGAUCUUGGGCCUCGUUCACGACGGGCUCCACUACUUCGAUAACGAGGACCCGGCGACGUUCUGGCCCAAGACGAGGGAGCUGAUCGAGGACUUUAUCACCGGGGAAAUCGACGAGAACCGGUACCAGGAAGUCCUGCGGCAUUACUACCUCCGGAAGGGAUGGAAGCUCUACACGAUCCAGGAACUGCUCAAGACGCUGUGCCGGCUUGCCCUGAGCUGCAACAACCCUGACGCUAAGGGCGAGAAGACCAAGGAGCUCGUGAAGGCGUAUCUGGAUAGCCGCCAGCAGACCGAAACGAGCUUCCAAAACGAAAUCAGCGCGCGCAAGUUUGCCGAAAAGUGCAUCAAGGAUGGCGAGAUGUUUGUCAUUGCAUGGUACCCUGCCAAGAAGGAGGCGACGGUGCGGUGGCUGCAGAAGGACGAGACGACUUUCUACAUGGAUGAGAUGGAGCGCAUCCAGCAGUGGCAGUACUACAUCUCGUCAUAUGUGCGCGUCGAGCACACCGAGGGCGUAGUCCGCUCGAGGCUCCAGAAGGUGCUUCUGGAGCGGAACUUGCCGUCGGACGUGUCGCUCAAGGACUCGUCCGACAACGACUACGCGACCAAGCCACUGCACGUCAACGAGGGUCUGGUGGUUAGAAUCUGCCUGAACUCGUCCAAGAUGGUGUUUGAGAAGGGAACGUCCGACUCGUUCAUCUUCGUCUCCGGAGGUGGCGAGCGCGGUUCGGCGGAGGAGGAGGAGCGCGAGGCCGAAGCCAAGGCCAAGGAGGCCUUCCGGUCCGAGAUUCGGGCCGAGAAGCUCAAGGAGAAGAUGGUGACCAACAACGCGUGGAUGAAGGGGCUAAGCCACGAGGAGGUGCAGAAGGUCAACAACGAGUACCAGAUGUGGAAGGAGAAGGAGGCCGAGAUCCCGUCGGGCCACCGGGAGGAGGCGGCGGAUGCCACAAUGGAAGGUUAA